AUGAAAGCCCCCAUACCAUUAACCACUCUCCUCCUAACUCCUCUAACCCUCGCCCUCUCAAUCACCACCGCACCACAAUUCCAAUGCUCCAACAUCACCAGGCCCCCAAUUACCAUUGACAUUGCAAUCCUCGGCGGCGGCGCCUCAGGAGCCUACUCCGCCUUCCACCUCCACAACCAUUACCCAAACCACACCCUCGCCCUAAUCGAAGCCCGCCCAAAACUAGGCGGCCAAGUCAACACCUAUCAGGACCCAUCCACAGGUUUAACAGCUGAAUACGGCGUAAACCAAUACACAGACGUCCCCGGUGCAGCGGAAUUUCUCGAAGCCCUGGGGAUUCCGUAUACUCGUUCAGGGACUGGGGGUAAAAAUGGGGGUGGAGGGUCGGGGUAUAUUGAUAUCCAGAACGGGAGAAUAUUGGACGGGCCGAGUGAGGAGGAGGGAAAUGAGACGGCUAGGGCGAUACAGGUGUAUAGGGAGCUUCUAUCGCAAUAUCCCGAUCUGGAAAAUGGGUUUUCAUUUUCUGAGCCUGUUCCUGAGGAUUUGGUGUUGUCGUUUACGGAGUUUGCGAGGAAAUAUGGGAUAGAACGCGCUGUGUUGCCACUUUCGACGGGGAUGGGGAAUUUGGACAGUGUCCCGACGCUCUACGUGAUGAAGCACUACGGCGCACAUGUAUACCGGAAUCGGUUCCUAUACACAGCACGCAAGAAUAAUCAAGAGAUAUACGACAAAACGCAACAAUUGCUGGGAGACAAUGUGUUUCUCUCAAGCAGACCCCUUGCCAUCCAACGAGACGAGAACAGCGUGCAAAUAUGUCUGCAAAUACCAGCAGGCACGCAACUCCUCCACGCAAAACGCCUCCUUGUCACCAUCCCACCGACCCUCGACACCUUAAAGGGCACAGGCCUGGACCUAACACAUGAAGAAACAGCCCUUUUCACCGGUUUCUCGCAAAUAGGAUAUUACUCUACCCUAAUUCGCAUCCCGGGGUUUCUGCCCUUUCUGGCCUUCCAGCAGAAUAAUACGGAUAAUACGAACAAUAUAACGCUCCUUGAAAACACAUCCCCAGCAAACACCUUCAACCUCCCGGAAUUGCCCGCGAUCUGGAACAUCCAUAGAACACACAUCCCAGAUCUUUAUCAAAUCGAAUACGGCGCCUCUUCACCACUCCCAGAAGACGUUGUGAAACAAAAUAUCUUUGCCGAUCUAUCUCGUCUGCGGAGCACAGGCUUAAUUAUCGCCACUGAUACUGAGAAUGGCACUGGUGUACAAGAAGACCCGGUCAUUAUUAGAUUCGCGGAUCAUUCACCAUUUUAUCCGUAUGCAUCACCUGAGGCGAUAAAGGAUGGGUUUUAUAAAAGGCUUACUGAGUUACAAGGGGAGAGGGUGACGUGGUGGACUGGGGGGGCUUUUCAUGUGCCAGAUUCGAGUCUGUUGUGGAGGUUUUCGGAGGGGGUUGUUGCGGGUUUGGUCAAGAGCAUUGAGGAGGGUGGCUGA